AUGGCUGCUCCGAGCCUCCGAUCAUAUUAUCAAUCCAGUCUUCAUUCUCCCUCAACAAAAGUCCUCCUUCACUCGCCUUUCCUAACACCUACUUUCUCCUCUAUGACAACAAAUAUGUCCCGUCCGAUCCUCUCAACAGCAGCCCGCCGGCUCUCCCGCUCUCAUUCGCCUCGCACCGCGGUUUCUGCACUUUCCCCGGCAACGUUGCCGACAUUGAGCUUCUCCGCAUCUUUCUGCGAUACCGUUUCCCAACGAUCCACGCUCCGGCCUAGAUUCCUUUGCCCCCGGGCGAGCACAUCCUCACCGCGAUCAGUAUUCCGCUUUGACGCUUUCGGACAACGCUCUUCCUUUUCCACCACGAGUAUCCGAUCAGCUACCAAGGUGCUACAAAACCCGAGAGUUGACGAAGAGGGAAAGGCCUUGUUGAUUAGUAUCUCGCCGAGGGCCGCCGAGCGUCUCCGCGAAAUCACAGACCCUUCCUCAUCCCCCUCCAUCACCAAGGAAGAAAACCCCUACCACCAUCUCCGCAUCACCGUCACA